UCAACUAUCAUCACAGAUGGCUGGGCUGCAUGUGUUUGUGGUUGUUCUCUUGGGAGUGGUCUCCUGUCAGAAUUGGAUUUCUGCAUCAGAAGUGAUAAUCCAUGCAGGACACAAUAUCACCCUCUAUUGUGACUGCAAAUUAUCCUCUGGAGUAUAUAUAGUAUGGUACAGGGAUUGUUCUCAUGAGAACCAGCCAUCUCUUGUUUUAAAACUGAAAUAUAAUUCAUGGGGAAAUAACACAUUUGACCUACUGAACCCCUUAUCGCAUUUUCAAUUUGUGAGGAAUUUUUCCUCUGAGUCCUAUGACCUUAUGAUUUUAAACGUCACUGAUUCUGAUGAAGGCCUCUACUACUGUGGAACAGAACAACAACGGCUGGAGGAUAAAGAAUUCAUCGUGCCCAGAUUUAUUUACACAUAUGGCAAUGCCACAACAAGAAUCAUAAUAGGUUUCAGCAAACAUCACCAACCUCCUCAGAACUGUGACCUAUGUUGGAUGCUGCUACUCUCUCUUUGUCCCGUUUUUGCUGGCAUCUCCUCACUCUUCUCCUCACUUCUGGUUUAUCAUCUAUGUAGGAAAAGAUUUAUUAACUCUGAAGAACCUGAAGUUGACCAGAUACAUCCUAAAACAAGACAUCUAACAAGAAUAAAGGAUGAAGAUAUGUGUUACGCUGCCCUGGAAAUCCGUCAGGCAUCGCAGAGGCAAAAGAAGAAAACACAGAGUUCUGACUUCUGCACAUAUUCUGCUAUCAAUAUUUCUAAGGUGUAGAAAAUUCUACACCUAAGUGUGAAGCUGUUUUGUGUGAAAGUGUGAAAACUUUUCAAAUAUGAUUUGUUAAUAUUAUAAAUAUUUUGCUGCAAGCUCCUCUGUUUCUGGUGAUGCCAACCUUUACUGCAAAUGGUUGAAAAUGUACAGAAAAUACAUUUUUAUUUCAGUAAUUUUCUUGAAUCGGUGUGAGUAAUGGAUAUUUUUGUGGUUCAAAAAGGGACAUUUUGGUUCUAAAAUACUCUGCAUGUGAAGGUUUUGUGUUUUUGUAGCUUCACUCUGAACCGAAGUGUACACAAAAAUAUAUAUUUUUUAAUUGAAAUUGUUUUUAUUACAAUGUUUCAGGCUACAUGUCAUCUGGUUUGUAAGUGAAUUGUUAAUUACUUGGCGUUUUUUAGAUGUUUUUAGAAUAUGCUUGCACUUUUUUAAAUUAACAGAAAGGUAGGUUGCUAUGUGCUUUUUUACUGGGCUGGCCAACUAGAAAUUAAAUUGGAAUAAAUCUAUUACAUAAAGCUUGACUGACGGUGCUGCCUUAAACCACAAAAACUAACAAAAAGAACUAUAAUGGUAGUUACGUUUUCUAUCGACUUGUCUGACACAUGACUGUUAACAGAGAGUCUUUUGAGUCUUACUGGGAUUAUUUUAAUGUCCAUUUUAUUCUUAUUUUUCUCUGAUUAGGUUCAGUCAAUGCAAAAUACUUGGGAGGGGCUGGAAAUACUUAGAACUUGGAAAGGGCUUAGUUCAAAGUACCUUUUCACAGGUUUUAGAAAAGCUCUUUUGCUCUGUUUUCUGUUUUAUCAGAUGUUACUUUUUACUGGUAGAGUGGUUUUUACUGGUAUAACCAGUAAAAACUAUUGUUAUAACUAGAGAUGGACCGAUCCGAUAUUACGUAUCGGUAUCAGUCCGAUACUGACCUAAAUUAGU